AUGCGAUAUAGUCGUAUUAUUCGAGAGGGAGGGUGGCUUCUUUUAUGGGGUUGUAUAAUCCUAUAUAUUGUACGACGGACUUAUAUCUAUCUUAUAGCAAUUAUAUUAGGAGCAAGUAUUACAUUUGGUAGUUUAUUAUACCUUAUUUUAACGAUUCGAGGAGUAAGUAAUAAUGAGAAAAUCUAUAAGCAUCGUCGAUUUAGAUUUACAUAUCCUGAAGAAUGGAUAUCAGAAGGUUUAACUGUAAAUAGUUCACAAACUAAGAGUGUAAUAUUUGAAGAAUCUCCUGAAAUUUCUCAAAUACUUAAUACUUUAAUUGAAUUGAUCAUAAACGAAUUCAUAAAUUCUUGGUUUCUUAGUAUUUCUACCAAUCCCUUAUUUCAAGAAAGUGUUCAUGAAGAGAUAACAGAAUUAUUCCAAACUUUACAAUCCAAAUUGCUGGAUAUUGAUUAUGCAAAAUUAUUAGUUAUAAAUAUUCUUCCUAUAUUAAAUGAUCAUUUUACUAAAUUUUCAAAGGCCGAAGAAGCAGUUAAAUUGAAAUCAAAUAAUAUUAAAACUGAUUCACAAGAUUUUCAUUUAGCUGUAGCUCAAAAUUAUGAUCGUGGAAAGGUCCAUCAUGCUUUAACACUUUCUUCACCAAAUGCAUCAGAAAUAAGUGAAAAGAAAUAUAUUCGAUCUAAAGUUAGCAGUAUAUUACCAGAAUUGUUAUCUAAAAGAGAAAAGAGUAAUGAGAUUUCAGUUGCCUUUUUAACGGAAAUUUUAUCUUGUACAGUAUUGACUAAUGUCAUUAAACUACUUAGUGAUGCAGAUUUCUAUAAUGUUUUAAUUGUGAAUUUAAUUGGUGAUAAUUUAAAGCAUAGGGGUCAAGUCAAACAACUUCUUGCUGCAUUAGAGGAACAUACGAAACAACUUUCGAAUAAAGCUUCAAUCAAUUUUCUGAAACUUCAAGAACUUGAAGACUCUAACAAGGCAUAUACUAUUACAGCAAAUAUGGAGACUGGAACCUAUAAAGAAUUGGUUAAAUCCAUCAGUUCUAUCGACUCAAUUGAUGAUAUCAGACUUAACGUUAAAUUAUAUGAUAUAUUAAAUAAUCGACAUUUGCUUAAGUUAUUCAGGGAAUUCAUGUCUUAUAGAAACAGACUAGAAUUUUUAGAAUUUUGGCUUGAUGUAGAUCUGAUCAAGGCUCCCUUAGAAGAUUCAACUAUAGGUGAAAAUGGUGAGAGUAACCUUUCAUUAUCAUUAGAAUUUACAUCAUUAAAAGAUUUGAGUGAAAUAUAUUUAAAAUAUAAUAAAGUUUUAUUAUUUGGUCUGAAUAAUGCAGAUGCCUCUAAAUUUGAAGAAUUAACAAACUCAGUCAGUAUUAAUAGCUUAGAAUCUUAUCUGAGAAGUAGAAAGUUAUUGUUCAAAUUACAAAAUCAAGUAUAUAAAGAAAUGGAAGAUAAUGAUUUUGUUAAAUUCAAGAGUUCAGCAUCAUUCUCUAAGAUUGGUGUAGAACCAGAUGUUGAUUCUGAUGUCAUCCAGGCUGUUGAAAAUGCAUUUACUGAGAUCAUGAGCAAACCUCAAGAUUCUGUUAAUGAAUUCAAUUAUGAUAGAAAUAAAAGUAGUUCAUCAUCGUCCUUGAUAUACACUUCUGAUUCUGAGAAAUUAUCUUCUUCUUCUAAAAGAGAUAUUUUUGGUGAAGCAUCUAGUUUAUUUGGUCCAGAUUCCAUGGAAGUCUCUCAUUUCAGAAAUUCAAAGCUAUUUGAUGAUACAAGUGAUGAGUCUGAUAAUGACAGUGAUUCAUUGAGUGUUCAAAAUAAUUCUCAAAUAUUAGAAAAACCACUUGGUGUAAAUGAACCAUCACAAGUAUUUGUUGCUGCUCCUGGAAACUUAAAUCUUGCAGAAGAGAUACCUAAAUUAACUGAAGAAAUAGAGAAAAUGAAUGAACAAGUCAAUAUUUUGAAACCUUUAUUAAGAAAAGCGGAACUUACCAAUAAUACAAGUGAAUUAAAGAUUCUUUCUAGAUCUAUGACAAGUUUGGAACGUGAGAUAAAUUCAAAGGAAUUACAGAAACAACAAUAUAUUGUUCAAGAAAGUGAUAAUAGUUUGUAUGCUAAAUCACGAGUUUGUAUUCAAUCUUAUAUUAGUGGUAAUGAAGGUGGAAAAGAAUUCAUUUUGUAUAUUAUAGAAGUUCAAAAAUUUGAUAGUGAUGAUCCAGAUAUUGUUAAAGCAGGUUGGGUUGUAGCAAGAAGGUACAGUCAGUUUUACAAAUUACAUGAUUACUUGAGAAGUAGAUACCCGCAGGUAGGGUUAAUAAAGUUUCCUAAGAAGUCUAUGGUAUUGAAAUUCCAACAACGACAAUUAGUUGAAUUACGGAAGACUGCGCUUGAAGAAUACUUGCAAGAAUUAAUUAAAAUACCGGAUGUAUGUUCAGAUAAAGCAUUUCGAUCUUUUCUAUCAUCUGAAAAUUUUACAAUUGUCAAAAAUACCUUUGACGAAAGUGUUAGAUCAUCAAAGUCAAAGAGUAAUGUUGAAUUAGUGGCUAAUAAGUUAUAUAAUGGGAUUUCAAGUAGAUUAACUCCUGGUAGUUCUAAUAUUACUUCUACAACUAAAAAGUCAGUAAAUGAUGAGAAACAGGAUAGUAAUAAUAAUAAAGAAGAAAUUAUGAAGAAUAUUAUUGAUAUGCAACAAGAAUUAAAGCUGUUUGAUGAAUAUGGUAUGGCAGUAAGUAGUACAGCAAUAUUUGUUAAACCAAUUUGUGAUUUACUUAUUUCAGUGUUUAGACUCAGUAAUUCAAAAAGCUGGCUUAGAGGUAGAGCUCUUAUUGUUAUAUUGCAACAAAUUUUUGGAACUACUAUUGAAAAGAAAGUUUAUGAACAAAUUGAUCAAAAUUUAAAAUCACAAAAGAGUAUAAUUAAUAUAUUAGUAUGGGCUCAAACUACAUUAUUCCCCAAUGGGAAAUUUAAAGAUCCUCCACCUAUUCGUACAUAUUAUCAACAAUCAUCUACUAGACAAGAAGCUAAAGUUCUUUUGGGAGUAUUUAUGAAUGAAACUUGUUCAAAAAUUUUUGGAACUUCUAAUACAACAUUUGCAACUUCUAAAUUAUUUGGGAUGCUACAAAAUGAUAUACUAAAUAAGCAUUUGUUAUAUGAAAUUCUCGAUGAGUUAUUUAAAGAACUCUUUCCUGAUCCGGUCAUAAAGCCUAUUUCGCAUCUGACUACAUAG